AUGCAAGUUGUAAAAGUCCUUUGGGCUUUUCUUUGGAUUCUUCCCCGGGCACUUGGAAAGGAUUCCUGUGCAGGACUAUCGUUUGGAUCCAGAGCAGUCGACCCAGAAGAUUCCAGUUCGUACUUCCUCUGCCUGGGCUUUCUUGGCCAGAUAAAACAGUCUUGCGAAAAGGAAUAUCGCUUCGAUGGUCAAACGCUAGAAUGUGUGAUAGCAAACAAGACAAACCUUUCCGGACUGAAAAACGAAAAGGAAGGUAAAACUGAAGUGAGCAUUAAACAAAAUGUGAAUGUGGACAGACCAGUCAUAUUCAACAUCCUUGGAAACUUCAACUUCUUUGCAAGUCUGUGGGGCAGCUCCCACGAUCCGACUCCUCCGCCUCCAAAAUCCAGCCCAAUAGCUCACCUGCAGUCCUUUGACAGUGCUGGGGAAAUUCAAUUUUUGUCUGCCAUUGAAUCCUCUACGUUAGAUGAUUCUUUGGCCACUUCUACUGAGCUUAGCGUAUCUAGCUCAGACGAUCCAAAUUCGUCUCCUGGAGAACCUGAUGAACCAUCUGAGACCCCAGCCUCUACUGAUUCUUCAGCCGGCAGUUCUACAGAACCAAAUGUUUCUAGUUCAGAGAGUUCAUCUUCAACUGAGUCACCUCCAGACUUUACAACCGAAGCGAAUGAAAGUUUAUCCCAGGAAAGUGAAACGAGCUCUGAAAGUCCCUCGUCCACAGAAUCUUCAACAGGCGCGUCUGAAGAAAGUACCACUGAAGAUUCCCAAGCAGAGAUCACUUCAAGUUCGCAAAAUCCCUCAACAGAAUUGGAACUAGAAGUUUUGUCCCAGGAAUUUAGCUCAAGUUCUGAAAAUCCGUUGUCUACAGAGUCACUUACAAAAGCUACGGAUGAUUCUUCAUCCACAAACGAAUCCGCAUCAGAAAGUUCUACACAGGAAUCAUCCACAGAGUCAUCAACAAGCGCGAGAGAAGAUUCAUCAUCUGCACCAGAAAGUUCCACACAAGAAAGCAGUUCUAGUUCCGAAGCUUCUACAACCACAGAACCUUCCUCAGAAGAGAAUAACUUGAGUUCGGAAAGUACCACACAGGAAAGUAGCUCAACCUCUGAAAGUAUUUUAUCCUCUGAGGAGUCAUCCUCAUCCUCAGUAUCAGAACCAGAAAGUUCCACCCCAGAAAGUAGCUUAAGUUCUGAAACACCUUUGUCCACAGAAUCAUCAAUAGACGUGACGGAGGAUUCAUCCUCAACAGAAUCCGCAUCAGAGAGUUCCACACCCUCAGCUCAAUCCCCAUCGACCUCAAAUCCCUCACCUGAAAGCUCAACUGAGGAGAGUAUUUCAAGUUCCGAAAAUCCGACGACCACAGAUCCAUCUGCAGGCACCACUAGGAAAGAUGGUGACUUUCCAGUGUUACCUGCCGAACCCACAAGCACGACUCCAUGCACCACGGUUUCAUUCACACAAAGUUCCACAAAGAUUACAGAGAUUUCAUCAACCUCAGAACCAUCACCAGAUACCACAGAGAAGGACGGGGACUCCGGUAACAGUGGGUCGGAAAGCGGUAUCUCCACUCCGCCAUCUCCCCAGAGUUCAACAGAAUCAUCUCCAGAAAGCUCGACGGAGGAGAAUAUACCAAGUUCUGAGAGUCCCUUGCCCACAGAUACGACAUCGGAAACUACAACUGAAGGGAAUGUCGCUAGUUCUGAAAAGCCAUCCACAAGUACGACUCCAUGCACCACGCAAAGCUCCACCAAGAUUCCAGAGAAUUCGUCAACCACAGGUGCCCCCCCAGCUACUACAGAUAAAGAUGAUGGUUCCGGAAACAGUGGGUCCGAGAGCGGUAUCUCCACAACCCCAACUCCACAAAGCACUACCGAUGAUAACAUAUCCAUUUCCGAGAAUCCCUUGAGCACAGAACCGACAUCGGGAACUACCACCGAAAAGAAUACCUCAAGUUCUGAAAAGCCAUCCACAAGUACCACUCCAUGCACCACGCUUGCUUCUACGCUAAGUUCCACAAGAAUUCCAGAGACUUCAUCAACCUCAGGUACUACAACAAAAGACGGUGAUUCCGGAAACAGUGGUUCCGAAAGCGGUGUCUCUACAGAGCCAUCUCCACCGAGCUCAACAGCAGAAACUCCACAAAGCUCGACAGAAGAAAAUAUUUCUAGUUCCGAGAACCCCUUGACCACAGAACCCACUCCGGAAACUACAACCGAAGGGAACAUCGCAAGUUCCGAAAAGCCACCCUCAAGUUCAACUCCAUGCACCACCGUUUCCUCUACACAAAGUUUACCCACCGAACCAUCUCCACAAAGCACAACAGAGGAGAAUAGAUCCAGUUCUGAGAAUCCUUCAACUAGAUCAGAAAGUACAACUGAAGAAAAUAUCGGUAGUUCCGAAAACCCAUCCACUGCUACAACACCUGGGACCACAGUUUCAACUUCAGAAGGUUCCACAGGAAUUCCAGAAAAUUCUUCAACUCCAGAGACCCCACAAGAUUCCACCGAGAGAGACGAUGGAAAUAGUGGGUCCGAAAGCGGUGUAUCUACGACGACCACUCCACAGAGCUCAACGGAACAAUCUCCCCAAACCUCGACAGAGGAAAAUAUUUCCAGUUCCGGUUCCACAGAACCUAGACCGGAAACUACAACUGAAGGAGGUAUAGAUAGCUCUGAAAAGCCAUCAACUGCUACAACACCAUCGACUACAGUUCCAACUCCGGAAGGUUCCACGGAGAUUCCAGAAAGCUCAUCAACCUCAGGGGCUCCACAUGAUUCCACAGAGCAAGUUCCACAAAGCACUACAGAAGAAAAUAUAUCCAGUUCUGAAAUUCCUUUUACCACAGGUCCUACAUCAGAAAGUACAACGGAAGGAAAUGUUGCUAGUUCUGAAAAACCGUCCACAAGUACGACCCCAUGUUCAAUAGUUCCAUCUACACAAAGCUCCACACAGAUUCCAGAGAAUUCAACAACCACAGAACCUUUACCGAGUACCACAGAGAAAGACGAUAAUUCCGGAAAUAACGGGUCCGAAAGCGGUACCUCCACAGAACCACCUCCAAUUAUAUCCAGUUCCGAAAAUCCAUUGACCACAGAACCUAGACCGGAAACUACAACUGAAGGAGGUAUCGAUAGCUCCGAAAAGCCAUCAACUGCUACAACACCUUCAACUUCAGAAAGCUCAUCAACCUCAGAGACUCCACAGGAUUCCACAGAGCAAUCUCCACAAAGCACUACAGGAGAAACUAUAUCCAGUUCAGAAAAUCCGUUGACCACAGGUUCUACAUCAGCAAGCUCAAGUACGACUCCUUGCUUAACGAUUCCAUCUACACAAAGCUCCACACAGAUUCCAGAGAGUUCAUCAACUACCGACUGUUUACCAAGUACCACAGAGAAAGACGAUAAUUCCGGAAAAACCACAGAACCUACAUCAAAAACUACGACCUCAGGAAAUAUUGCUAGUACCGAAAAUCAAGGCAAUGUUGUUAGCACGUCAACUUUAGAACCCCCAAUUGGAACGACCACUAAAGAAACAUCUCUUUGUAGCAACUUGCCAAACGGAUCAUUUCUUAGGGACACAUUAUCGUGCAACAAGUAUUAUGUUUGUCUGGAUGGUAAAGCGAUUCCCAGCAACUGUCCAAGAAAUCUGAACUUUGACAUUAAAAGGAAGGUCUGCAAUUUCCCUAGUUUAGUGGAUUGUUCUUAUGAAGAAGUCCUUGAAUCUGUCACAAAGAAUCCUUCGAACACAGAGUCGACGCCAGACUGCAACUCUGUUCGGGAUGGCACUUAUAUAAGAGAUCCAAAGUCAUGCAAUAAGUUCUAUGUUUGCACUAACGGUCGUCCUUUAUCUAGGCAGUGCCCUAGGGAUCUACUCUUUGACAACAAAUCUAAAAUCUGUAAUUACCCCAGUCUGGUUCAAUGCUCUGUAGCAGAGACCCAGUCGAGUAUUCUUGAAGCGCUAAUAGCUGAAGGAGUUCCGGAUUGCGGCAAAGUGGUAGAAAGUACAAGGUUCGGUGACGUCAAGCAACACAAUAAAUAUUACGUCUGCCUUCAGGGAAAGGCAGUUUUGCAUUACUGUAGUCCAGGAAAUUGGUUCGACCUUCGAAGCCAGAAGUGCGUUGAUCAACGACUGGCUAAAACGACCCACAAGUACGGCUCCAUGGAUCACGAGAUCAUCAACACAAAGUUCUACAAGAAUUCCAAGCACUUCAACAACUCCAAAACCCCCAAAACGAACCACAGAACCAAGUACGCAGAGCUCAACAUCUACAAAAGAUACUACGACACGGAGAGAUAUUUCUAG